AUGACUUCAACUACAAAUGAUGACAUUACCGAAGUUGUUAUAUUAUCAGCUAUGAGAACACCGAUCGGUUCAUUAAAAGGAUGUUUAUCAGCUUUGAAAGCUCAUCAACUUGGUGCAGUAGCAAUCAAAGGUGCAUUAGCUAAAGUAAACGGUAAUAUUGGACCAGACGAAGUAAAUGAAGUUAUAAUGGGUCAAGUAUUGGCUGCUAAUGAAGGUCAAAAUCCAGCGCGACAAGCAGCGCGUAAUGGCGGUUUACCAUAUAUUGUGCCAGCAACUACAAUAAAUAUGGCUUGUGGUUCAGGUCUCAAAGCAAUUAUUCUUGGUGCUCAAGCUAUUCGAACAGGUGAUGCUCAUAUUGUAGUUGCCGGUGGACAAGAAAGUAUGAGUCAAGCACCUCACUGUGUUUCAAUGAGACAUGCAAAGAAAAUGGGUGAUACCAUUCUUAUUGAUUCAAUGUUACAUGAUGGACUUAUGGAUGCAUUCAAUCAUAUUCAUAUGGGCAUUACAGCUGAAAACGUUGCAGAAGCACGCAGUAUUUCACGGCAAGAGCAAGAUGCAUUUGCUUUACAGUCUCAUCUAAAAUUUGAAGAGGCAGCAUCAUUGGGACAUUUCGACACAGAAAUCGAACCGAUUAUCAUUUCUACUACGAAAAAUGAUGUUGAAAUACGGCACGAUGAAUAUCCACGAAGAGGGACAUCUAUGGAAGUCAUGUCGAAAAUGAAGACGGUGUUCAAAGAAGCUGGAACCAUCACUGCCGGCAACUCAUCAGAUCUUAAUGAUGGAGCAGCUGCUGUUGUUCUUUGUUCAAACCGUAUUGCAAAAUUAAAACAACUAAUGCCUUUAGCAAAAGUCAUUGCAUGGACACAAACAGGCAUUGAUCCGCUUGUUAUGGGUUUAGCACCAAUUAAAACUAUUCAAGAAGUUUUGCGUAAAGCAAAUUGGUCAAUUGAUUCCGUUGAUUUAUUUGAAUUAAAUGAAGCGUAUGCUGUCCAAUCCAUAGCUAUUAUUCAAGAACUUCGUAUUGAUCCUGAAAAGGUUAACGUAAAUGGAGGUGCGAUUGCUCUUGGUCAUCCGAUUGGCGCCUCUGGUGCCCGAAUUCUUGUCACAUUAAUACAUACACUAAAGCGGACAGGCUUAAAACGAGGCUGUGCCGCGCUAUGUGUUGGUGGGGGUAUGGGUCUUGCCAUAUGUGUCGAAGCUUGUUAG